CACGCAUGCAUAUCGCGAUCAAUGAUCAUCUCUCAUUACAGCUUAAAUGAAACUUUCCGUGUAAAACAAGCUAAAUGUAGCUUCACAACAACUUGUUUUGCUUUUGUGACUCAAUAAGAAGGUUGAUAAUUAGUUGUGAUUGUUGUUAAGCCUGAGGAAAGAAAAAAGAAAAUUCUCUUGAUACAAAUUUAUAAUUUUUCCUUCAAAGAAUCAUUUCAAGUGCCCCACAGUAUUGUAAUUUGAAGCUCUUCACGGGAAAGGCUCGUGGGAAGAUGACCCCCAAAAAAUCACUUAGCCUCGCACGAAAUAAAGUUGAAAUCGGGCAUGAAAAAGGGUGGGAAGUCAAAUAAAGAAGCUCCAACAAGUGGUGAAAAAAAUCUCAAUGAUUGGUGGAAAAAAUGCUUUCGGUUGCGAUAACUGCAGCGCGCUAUCAAUAGAGCAGAUAGAGGAGCAAUAUAGAGCGUCAAUUGCGACAAGUAACGUGAUUUGGUGAGGCGUUUAAAUGUUAAAAUACUUGAUUCCCAUCCUGAGCUGCCUCAGUCGACAACUUGCUCUCAGCUGGAUUACCAACUCUCAAGUUUUUCCCCAUUUCUGUGCCUAUUCGUGGUGUCUUUUAAAGUGUUUUAAAAAAAGGAGCUUUUUGUGAACUUUGUGCUUUUCUUUUAAACUUUCUUCCUGCAAAAUGUAUCGGCAGAAUUCCGUGGAUACUCCUCAACGCAAGGAGGGUGGAUCGUAUGUUAUUGAGGAGAAUGAAUCGCGUGAAGCCAAGAAUACCUGCAUCAUCUUUUCCCCAUCAAAUGAUGGCGCAGGGAUUCUCGCCAAGACACUCAAAAUCUUUAAUGACAACGACGUCAAUCUCGUGCACAUUGAGUCGAGGUCCUCCACCCGUGGACCAGGAUAUGAGUUCUUUGUCGAAUGCGACAGUAGAUCUGGGUCCUUGGGCACGGCAAUUGAGCAGUUGCGCGAACAUUGCUCCUACCUCAGCAUUAUUUCGCGCGACUACAAGGACAAUAUGGCUGCUGUGCCGUGGUUCCCGCGCCGUAUUAGGGAUCUCGAUCGUUUCGCCAAUCAAAUCUUAUCCUACGGCUCCGAACUUGACUCAGAUCAUCCUGGAUUCACCGAUCCUGUGUACAGGGCUCGUCGCAAGUACUUUGCCGACUUAGCCUAUAACUACCGUCAUGGGCAACCACUACCCAGGGUAGACUACACCAAGGAGGAAGUUGAAACCUGGAGGGUUAUCUUCAACAAUCUAACUGAGCUCUAUCCAACGCACGCUUGCAAACAAUUUAAUCACAUUUUCCCUCUUCUAAUUGACAACUGCGGCUACCGCGAGGACAAUAUCCCGCAACUGGAGGACGUUUCGAACUUCUUGAAAGAUUGUACAGGAUUUACGCUACGUCCUGUUGCUGGUCUUCUCUCCUCUCGUGAUUUUCUCGCUGGACUUGCUUUCCGUGUCUUCCACUCAACGCAAUAUAUUCGUCAUCCCAGCAAGCCUCUCUACACACCUGAACCAGAUGUCUGUCAUGAACUCUUGGGUCAUGCUCCGCUCUUCAGUGAUCCAGAAUUCGCUCAAUUCUCCCAGGAAAUUGGAUUGGCUUCUCUUGGAGCUCCUGAUGAUUACAUCGAGAAGCUAGCUACGUGCUUUUGGUUCACAGUGGAAUUUGGCCUGUGCAGGCAGGGUGAUGAACUUAAGGCCUACGGAGCUGGUCUGCUUUCAUCAUACGGUGAACUGCAGUACUGCCUCAGUGACAAGCCUGAAGUACGUGAAUUUGAUCCAGAGAAGACCGGCCUGCAGAAGUACCCAAUUACAGAGUACCAGCCGGUUUAUUACAUCGCCGACAGUUUUGAGGAUUCAAAGGAGAAAAUGAUCAAAUACGCCAAUACAAUCCCGAGGCCUUUUGGUGUUCGCUAUAACCCCUACACCCAGAGCGUUGAUAUCCUCGACUCCAAGCCACAGAUUGCGAAUCUGAUGAACAACAUCAACUUGGAGUUUAGUGUCCUCCAGAAUGCAUUUAGGAAGUUAAAGGCAUGAUCUGUUUUGUUCGUGCGGAGUCCAAAUGUGCUUCUGCGUUUCAGAAAUUGUACUACUUAUGUAUGUUAAGUGUUAUAUAUAUGUAAUAUUUUCUUUUAUAAAGUCAAAUUGUGCGCUAUCGCAGUUUAAAGCCUCUCUGACCUCUCAAUUGAUUUGUCCCCAACCCCGAGAUGGGAAAUAAAAGACAUAUUGUCACACUUAA